AUUAUUCAAUCAAACAACUGAAAUUUACGAGAUCGAUGAUCGAGAGAGAGAGAGAGAGAGAGAGAGAGAGAGAGCAUCGGAAGCGCAGAAGAGAAGAGAUGGUGCGGGUGGCGACCUACUUCGCGAUGACCUUGGGCGCCUUCGUCUUCUGGCAAUCCAUGGACCAUCUCCAUGUCUGGAUCGCCCUUCAUCAGGAUGAGAAGAGAGAAAGAGAGGAAAAAGAAAGGGAGAUAAAGCGUAUGAGAGAAGAACUACUGGCUAAAGCAAAGCGUGAAGAUUCUCUUAUGUAAUCUUUGAGAUUAUUUUAUUUUGACAUUGAACAUUUUAUUUCCUUGUUUUCUUGAAAUUUCCUUAAAUGCCAAUGCUGUGAUGUUUCUGUAGCAUUCUACUUAUUUCCUUGUGCUUUAUGAGGCAUGUUUAAUGUAUGCUAAUUAAGAUGAAUAAGAACUGGUGCAGACAUAUGCUUUGAGAUACACAAAUUAAGAAAGGGUGUCUUUAAAUUAUA